GUGCAACGAACGAACUGAACGAAACAAGCUUGCAAACCCCCAUCGGAAUCCAACGGAACGCACAACUCGUCAGUGCCAACGUUACUUUUCUUUUGUGUACAGAGAUCCUCAGCCAGCCUGGCACCCCAUCCACCCAUGAGCACUGCCCCGGCUUCCGUCACAUCACCGUUAGCGAAUGCAAACGGCGACGGAGCUUGCCUCGCUGCGGGAGACAGGACGUCAAACACGCCGGCAUGCCCUCCGACAAGCCACAGCAGUCCGAGCCACUCUAUAGACGCUAUCCUGGGCCUCGGUUUCCGUAGGAAAGAGAUGAACAAUAUACUACACGAAGGGAGUAACGGCGUAAGCAGUCCCAUCGAAGAUGUCACGACGUCACCCCUUCCACAGAACACGCUAUGUGACGAUAAGUACAGUAUGUUGGAAGAGGAACACGUCACAUCGACAGACGAGGGUGAGCGGAGUGAGCAUAACGACAAGUUGGGUUACAGUUCCGACGAAGAUAUGAAGCACUCACACGAUGACUCGAUGGGCAACGAUAAUAAUAACUCGGACGAGCCAAAAAAGAAACACCGCCGAAAUCGGACUACCUUCACCACGUUUCAGCUUCACGAACUGGAGAGAGCUUUCGAGAAGAGUCACUACCCAGACGUGUAUAGUCGAGAGGAACUGGCGCUAAAAGUAAACCUGCCGGAAGUACGAGUGCAGGUAUGGUUUCAAAACAGACGAGCGAAGUGGCGACGUCAAGAGAAGAUGGAGGCACAGCAGAUGAAGUUGCAGGAGUAUCCGAUGACAGCACUGCAGAGAAACCACGCCCCUGCGAACUACAGCAACGCUUUGCCCAUGGAUCCAUGGCUUACUCCACCUAUUGCUAAUACCACCGCAGUUCACGCGUUGCCCGGUUACCUGCCUCAACUAGGUCCGGGAAUCUCUACUUAUCCUCUCAUGCCACCGACGUCAACCGCCCUCAAUUCGAACUUUAACACAACGCUAGGGUCAAUCAACUUGAAUCCAAAACUAAGUUCCAUCAGCCCCACUACCGUCACUGCUAUACCGCCGACCUCGCCGACUUCGGAUCAUAAACUAGACGACAAUGAUCCGCGUAGUUCUAGCAUCGUAUCUCUGCGGAUGAAAGCAAAAGAACAUAUAGAGAAUCUCGGAAAAACGCCUUGGCAAAGCGGAAAUGAUGUAGCUCACUGAUGCAUGCUGGGUGAACAGGUGGUUUUGAUGCGCUAUUGACGAUAGGGUGGCAACGAUCACUGUUUGAACAACGUAGAUGUGUACAAAUGGCAAACUCUCGUGUAUUUUGGCAUUUAGUUAGUUUUACUCAUACAUAUGGCAAAGGAUUACGUAAGAAAAUUGAACCCUCCGCACUGUAUAUUUUA